AUGCGAGCAUCCAAUUCAAGACUGGCAAACGGACAGUUUGAAGGGUUUUGUGUGGAUCUGCUCAAUGAGAUCGCGGCCAUCACUCGAAUGGCAUAUACUCUGCAAUUGUCUCCCGAAGACAAGAUCGGCGGUUGGAAUAGGAAUGGGACUAUCGAUGGACUCAUUGGACAGGUCUAUAGGAAUGAAACAGAUUUCGCGAUCGCAGACAUAACUGUCCUAAACAGUAGACAACGAUUCGUGGACUUCAGUCACCCGUUCAUGAGAUGGGGUUUGAGUGGACUCGUGAGGAAAGACAUCUCACAUAACAUAUCGUCGUUCGAGGAUUUGUCACAACAGACGGCACUAGACUUUGGGGUCAAGAAGUUCGGGGCUAACCUACCGCUCAUCCACUCGAGUGAUGUGAUCAGCAAAAUGUAUAACUAUUGGGAUAACAGUCCCAAUAGCUAUGUGUUUGGCACCGACGAGGAAGGUGUCAAACGGGUUAAGGCUUCCGAUUAUGUGUUCAUUACUGAACACCCAUUCAAUGAAUACGUUGUGAAUCGCGACUGCGAUCUCACUGUCAUUCCCGAUAAGGACAGACACUUUGAGUUUGAGUACGCGAUUGCUAUGCGAAAGGACUUACUGUUCAAAAAUGUCAUCUCAAACGCUAUCAAACAUUUGGAAACUAUCGGAAAGUUAGCUAAACUUAAGGAUAAAUAUUGGAAAAGUGAUAAAUGUUUGAAACCAGAGUUCGUGGAGUUUUCCAAACCCUUUGGCAAAAAU